GCGACGAAGAAGAAAAUGUAACCAAGGAAGAAGAAAUAUGGUCGGUUUGGCGGCCAAAAGUGCAAAAAUGGAGAAAAUGUUCAGCAAAGUUGUCCAAGUCACCGUCAGAUGUCGAGACUGCGACGAAAGAAAAGCACACACCCGCGUCGCCAUUGAGCUUCAGGCGAGCAAAAGUGGUGUUCACAAACGUGAUCUUGUGGUGAGAUUGACUGAUGACACCGAUCCAUACUUCCUGUUCAACCUCACACUUUGCCAGGAGGACUUUCAAAGUUUGAAAGUCCAGCAGGGGCUACUCAUUGAAUUCACGUCGUUCCCGGAGAAGCUGAUUGAACUUCUUCAUCGAUGUCAGUCCGAGCAGAGUUCCAGCCAUCCCAGGUUCCAGCUGCUACUGUCUUGCGACUCGGCCUCACUGGACGGCCCCGCCCACCUGAGCGUGAUGGAGACCAACUCCUUUAAGCACAUUAACCAUCUUUCGCUGAGGCUCGAUCCGGGCUCGGACAAGCUCGUCAAAGACUACCUGGCAGUCUGUCUGUCCUCGCUCAAGGCCGAGAAAGAAGCUCUCGAGGUGAAACUGCAAAAAAGUCAAGAUGAUCUCAUCAGGCAGCUCAAUUACGCUCAGCAGGCGCUUUCUGAGAAGAGCCAAGAGUUGGAGCAUCAGCGUUCAGAAUGGACUCUUCAGAGCAGUACGCUGUCGAGCCGUCACGCCGACGAGUUGCGGUCCGAACGGGAGAAGACGGCCGAGUUGCAGAACCGCCUGCAGCAGCAGACGCAGCAGCUCCGCCAGGACCUGGAGAGCGCUCACCAGCGCAGCAGCCGGCAGAUGCAGAGCCGCCUGGCGGAACUGGAGACUUCCUGCGGGGAGCUGACUGACAGGAAGUACAAGAACGAGGCCGUCCUCAGGGACCUCGAGUCCAAGCUGGCGGGUGUGGAGGAGGAGUGCCAGCGCGCCAAGCAGCAGGCGGCGUCACUGAGGCGCGAGAACGGCUCUCUGGAUGCGGCGCUGCGCGACAAGGAGCGCCUGGCCAACCGGCUGCAGACGCGCGUGGCCGUGCUGGAGCAGAAAGUGAAGGACGAGGAGGCGCUGGUGAGCCGAACCGAGGAGGCGCUGAAGGCCACGCGGCAGCAGAAGGAAUCCGUCCAGGAGAACGCUCAGAGCAAAGAGGUUCAGCUCCGAAACCUUGAAGCCCAGGGCAAGAUUUUGUCUGAAGAUGUCAAGAAGGGCAACGAGAUCAUCAGGAAGUUUCAGUGCGAGCUCCAAGUUCAGCUGGACAAGCUGAAGAUGAGGGACCUGGCGCUGCUGGCGCAGGAGAAGGAGCUGGAGCGAGCUCAGAACGAAGCGCGAGACGCUCACCAGCGGCUCGGCGCCAAGGACGAGCAGGUGGCGUACAAUCGUGAUGCUGUUGACGCCACGCGUGUGUUUGUGUCUGUGUGUCUUGUUGCGAUGUUUGUAUCUCUGUGUGUGUGUGUUUUCUGUGCACCUACAAGUUUGUGUGUUUUUGUGUGCGUCUGUGUCGUCACUAUAUAUAUAUAUUUUUUUUGUGCGCGCGCCGAUGUGUGUGUGAAUGUGUAUGUUUGUGUGUGGCUCUUUCUGUGCGUGUUUCUGUGCCUCUGUGCGCAUGCGUCUGUUUUCGUGUGCGUGUGUGUUUGCCAGAUUGUGGAGCUGAAGGAGAAGCUGGAGUCCAGCGUGCAGAAGCUGACUGAAACCAAGGGAGUGUUACAGAAAAAUGAGAACGUGAUCAGCCGGCUGAACAAGCAGCUGAACGAGAAGCAACUUUCGGGGAAGUUUGCGGCGCCUUCGGAGAACACGUUGGCGGCGGCGCUGACAUCGGCAGGACCCCGACAGGCACACUUUUAUCCGCACGCGACAAUAGCUGCUGUGACGCCUGACAUCAUUCACAAACACGCGAUGAGCGACUCUGCCGGUCUGGAUGCCAAAUACUUUAAGAGGAGAGACGACGCCGUCCCCGUUUACGCUCUUCCGGACGCGCUCGUUCCCCGAGGUAACGUCACACUAUCGUGCCAGGCUGCCACCUCACACGCGGUGACAUCACACAAUCAUCAUCAUCCUCCUCCUCCUCCUCCUCCUCCUCCUCAUCACGCUGGGACAUGCCACGAUCACUUGGCGCAAUUCGAUUUUGAAAGUUUGAUUCCUGUUUUUCCUUGUCAGAGUGCCCACCUCAACGCACCAAAGCUCCUGUGGCAUCAGCGUACUUCACCGAUUAAACACGCACACACCUACACACACACACACACACGCACUCUUGUUUUUAUUUGCACGCCGCACAGAUCGGGUUGUCCGUUUUUGUUUGUACUUGUCAUUGUUUCUUUAAUAAAUCAACUUCCCAUGGUUGUUAUGAAUUGUACUUAUGAUGCGUCUUACUGUCAUAAUGGAGUGAAAAAGCAGCAAGGGUGAACUCGGUCGCAUUGGAAAACAGACAAAGUGGCGAGCCGGC